AUGGCUUCCCUGAUGGGCCGCCUUCUACUUCUGCCCAGCGCUUUACUGGCAUUGAGCGCUUCCUAUGCUUAUGCGAGCGCAUUGGAAAUACGCGACGAUAAUUCGACCACAGUCCCAGCGCCCAUAUCAUUCUCCCCGGACCAGAGCUGGCUGGGCAUUGACGGAUCGUGGUCGACGUUCACCUUACGAGUUGGAACCCCAGCGCAGUCCGUGAAAGCGCUCAUAUCCUUUGCCUCGUAUCAGACAUGGGUGGUGCUGCCUCAAGGAUGCCAGGCCGCUACGGACGAGGACGCAUGCGCGCAGACAAGAGGAGGCAUAUUCGACAACAACACCUCGUCUACGUUUGAAUACAUAGGCAUAUACGAUCUGUGGAUCGAGAGGAAUCUGGGCUAUGACGGGAACGCGAUCUACGGCUAUGAUGUUGUCGGUCUGGGCUUGAACGGACAAGGCGGUCCUACUCUGAAGAACACCACAGUUGGAGCAUUGGCCGUGGAGGACUUCUACCUGGGUAUGUUUGGCGUCAACCCCAAGCCGACCAACUUCACCAGCUUCAACGAGGGAUCGCCUAGCUAUAUCACUCAGCUCAAGGAACAGAACUAUAUUCCAAGCGUUUCUUUUGGAUACACUGCCGGCGCCAAAUACCGAUUCACUGGAGCUCUGGCCUCGCUGACCUUGGGAGGAUACGACAGCUUCAAGUUUGUCGACAACGACGUGACCUUCCAGUUCGCCGCCGACAACAGUCGCGAUCUAGUCGUCGCUAUACAGUCCAUCAAUACGCCCUCGCAGAUUAAGUCUUCCCCAAACCCAACCGAGCUACUACCCAAUCCAAUUUACGCGUACAUCGAUGCCACAGUGCCCCAGAUCUGGCUCCCUCUGGAGGCUUGUCAGGUCUUUGAGAACGAAUUCGGUCUGAUUUACGACAACACGACAGAACUGUAUCUGGUCAACAACACGCUGCAUCAGGCUUUACUGGAUCGUGACGCCAACGUUACGUUCCAAUUCGGCCAAGGCUUCACAGGAGCGAAUGUACAAGUAACAUUACCAUACGCAGCGUUCGAUCUGGAGGUGCAGCCGCCCUAUCCUAACAUUGUAAACACCACGAAAUACUUCCCGCUUCGACGUGCGAUGAACGCUACCCAGUAUACAUUGGGACGGACCUUCCUUCAAGAGGCUUACAUUGCCGUCGAUUGGGAGUCUGCGACGUUCAACGUGUCACAGGUCUUGUGGCAGGAGACCCAACAACAGAACCUAAUUCCUAUUGUGCCCAUAUCUGAAAAGGGCGGAAGCGGCUCGGGGUACCCAGGGACCAACACUGCGGGUGAUAAUGAUGAGUCUUCCAGUAGUCUCUCUGGAGGAGCCAUCGCUGGCAUUGCCGUAGGGGCCGUCGCAGGAGUGGUCAUUCUCGCGCUUGCAGCUCUUUUCUUCUACCGACGAAAGAACCAAAGUAGUAAGAAGGCAAUCGACGAAAAGACGGCGGCAGCUUCAGGUAAUGGACCCACUCUGGCCAGACAAUCCAGCAGACAAGUUUACCCCAAAGCUGAGCUGGAAGGAAACGGAACGCCCAUCAUGGAAGGCAGGGGCCUCUUAUCAGCACAUGCAUCGACGCCUCGAAGCGCACCAGGUACUCCGCAUUCUGUGGUCUCUCCGGCCAGUGCGGGUUACUUUGCUGGUGGAGCUGUGUCAACCCCUUCGCCUACUACACCAUCGGGUGAAGGAACGCACUCCAGCACGCAAAGCAACCGACUAUUCUCGCCUCUAUCUGAAACAGCCAGCGAGGCGGACAGUCGAGAGCGUCACAUCUACGAGAUGCCAGGCGACAUGCCAGUCAUUCGUGAGAAGGAUGGCAAAGCCUUGAGCGAGAAGGAGGCACUCGCAAGACGGCAGAUGAUCAACAAUGGCGUCGAUUCGGCGUCUAAUUCUGCUUCUGUCGUCAAUGAAGGUGUCAGGGAGCCGAGACGGAUUGACCCUCAGGAGGUCGUGCAGAGUUCUUCUCAACUGAGGGAUCCGACGCUGCAUCGGCAGUUUUCGUUCGAGAUGGACAGUGAGCAGUGA